AUGACGGAGGAGCCAAUGUCAAAAAAGAUCCGUAUUUGGAAUCCGGCAGUUACUGCAAACGACAACCAGAACGAUUCUGACAAUUCGUCAAAUGCCGAAAAUUCAGAGGACGCGCCAUUAGAUUGCUCGAAAUCGAUUCCGAAUUCCGGUUUUCCAAAUAUUUUUCAGAAUUAUCUCCAACUGGCUGCUCCAUUGAUGUUGCGACUUCAACAACAACGACAAUUCGAAGAAUUCGCCCGACGCCAAAUGAUGAGCGGCUUAAUCCAAAUGCCACGUGCUCCUGCUCCACCUGCUCCUUCAGUUCAUUCAACUCCUCCACAAGAGCCGAUUACCCUUCAGAAUCCGAUUGUAGCUAGUGUUCUCGGCUCUCAAUUAGUUAAUGAGAACUGCUGUGCCGUCUGCGGAGUAUCGUUCAGACUCACAGGAGAUCUGGUUCAACAUAUGAGAAACAACCAUCGAAAGAGCAAAUUUAAGAGAAAGGCCGAUUUGAAAGUGCAGCAACAGGAAUAA